CUGAGGCCGGGGAAGAAAGGAGCUGCUCUCCGUCAGCAGAGCAGUGCCGCUGGAGAGCUCUACCGACGACCGCAGGCUCCAGCUCAGAGAAAAACGAGAGAGAACGAGAGAGAAAAGAAGACGCGACAGCCUACCUAACGUUUUAUUUUUUAAUUUUAUUUAUUCAUCUCCUCGCCCGUGUCCUCGCCUCGAGCAAGAUGUAACGCGUUGACAUCACCUCAACCAUAUUCAUGCAUUUGAAAAGAGCCGGGAGUGAGUGCGCAGAGAGCCGAGCUGUUCGGGCGAAUGGAACUUAUUGUUGUGUUUUGACUAUGUUAUCCCCAAGUGAGUUUGGGUCCAGUGCGUCUGUGUUCGUUGUUGACCCUUGAGUAUUUGUUUUUUGUUUUUGUUUUUUGUUUUCGGUGUGGAUUUACAUCCGAAUACUUUAAGGGGGAAAAACACCGAGGGGAGGAUUCUGCAAAGCCAGCAAGCUUUUCCUUACAGAGCCGGGGAUUUAAAUCGUCGUUUGGUGGAGCUCCGGGAGAGGCGAGAGUCAAAGAAAGAAAUUCAUGUGGCCAUUCUCUCUAUAGCCAAACAUUUCUUUUUUGGUGGGAUUGCAUAAUGAGCAAGGAAAGACCUAAGAGGAAUAUCAUUCAAAAGAAAUAUGAUGACAGUGAUGGGAUCCCGUGGUCGGAGGAGCGGGUGAUGCGAAAGGUGCUUUACCUCUCCCUGAAGGAGUUUAGGACUGCACAGAAACGGCAGCUGGAUGGCGAUGGAACCACAAACUCCAAUGGUUCCUUAGCCAAUGGGCAGCUGAACGGCUCGGGGUCAAAAGGCAGCCACAAAGAAGAUGGAUCCUUGCGCUCUCAGGGCCUGGAUGGGAGCGGCGAGUACUCUGAGGACAGUCCUGCAAAGAAGAGACCUCGGCUCCAGGCUCAGCGGAAGUUUGCCCAGUCGCAGCCCAACUCACCCAGCACUACGCCCGUCAAAGUGGCCGACCCAGGCAGCCUGAACACUGGCCUGGCCACUGUGCCAUCCACAUCCCUCUCAUCGCUCUCCUCAUCAUCGCUGUCCUCCUCCAUCCAGGACCUGUCCAGGCGCAAGCCCAAGACGGAGGACUUCCUCACCUUCCUCUGCCUCAGAGGUUCAUCUGCCUUGCCCAGUAACAUGGCCUACUUCGGAAGCUCCCAGGAGGAGGAGGACCUGGAGGAGGAGGAGGAAGAGGAGGAGGACGAGGUGAGGAACGGAGGUGGUGUCCACUCUCAUGGCGUGGGGAGCAGCAGCCAAGCCUCAGCCUCUUCCUCCUGCCACUCGACACCACGCAAGGGCAAACUCCCCGCCAGGCAGCCACUCAACGGGCACGUUUUUCACGGCCACAGUAAAGCAGGGACCAGGGAGAGUCCGAGGCCCAAGGCGGGGGCUCACGGCAGGGAUGCGCCUGCCCCGCCGCUGCCGCCCCCUCCGCCUCCACCGCCGCCCCUCCUGAGGGAGCGCAGUGAGCGGGCGGAGGCACGGGAGCACGUGAGGGAGCAGCAGGCGAUGGCCAGCAGUCGAGGCUCAGCCAACGGGUUGCCACCAAGGAGAGCUGCUGAGGAGCUACGCAAGCAGGUCUCUAAAGUGAAUGGGCUGACGCGGGUAGGCUCGGCACAAGCUGUCAGUGGUGCCAAAAAGAGCCGUGACUUCCGACUGCCGUCCAAAACUGUGAAGAAGUACACAGCCACCGUGUCCAAGGGCCACGUCACCUACACCAAAGCCAAACAGAAAGAACUGGGCAAGAAAACCAAACUCAGCAGCAGCAACAAACACAACAGCGCCGCCUCGGCACCAUCGUCAGCGAACAAUCACAAUCAGCACAGCCAGCCAGCAGCCAGCAAUGGGCUGGCCAACUCAGGAAAAGCAGUGGCACCAGCCCACCACAGCAAUGCAAAAACCCGCAAACAGGUGCUACUAUCCAAUGGGCUGCACAAUGUGACUGCCAGCCCCCGACUCAACGGUAGGCUAAAUGGGCAGCGGCACAACACCGUGGCCAAGGAGGACGGGCAGAGACAGUGCCAGCAGGGCCAGGGGGAGUGUCCAGGUCGAGAAGGACUGCGCAACUCCAAACGGCGUCUGGAGGUGGUGCUCAACUCGGUGGGGACAGUGGUUGUUGAGCAGAAAGCCAAAACAACUGGCACUGAAGCCAAGAAGGCCAAGAUUCAGACCACGCCUCUGGAGACGCGCAGCAGCAGCAAGAAGGUGGCCAAUCAAGAGAAAGCUACCACACAAAACUCCACCCCCACCACUCCAGUUUCUAAUGGACAUGAAUCAGAAACGACCCCUUCCCCUAAACAAACUCAGCCUGUUACCCCACUUCCACCCUCUACUCCCCCUCCUCAACAAACCCCACCUCCUUGUACACCAGCAGCCAGCGUGGAACCGGUGAACCAGCGACCGAAGCGGGCAUCGGCUGGCAAGCUGAUGUUGAUACGACAAGCACAGCAGCAGCAGAGCAGGUCUCACAGUCGGAGCUCCUCCUCUUCCUCCCCCUCAUUAGGCCAGAAUCACUCGCCGAAUCCCAGUCGUGCCAGCACUACCUCAGACCUCCAACAGACCUCUGUGUCCUCGUCCUCCUCCACCUCCUCUCAUCUUACUUCCACCAACAGCCCUGGACAGCUCAAACCAGCAGCAUCGCGGCCCGCUGACCGUGACAAGGAUUGGGAGCGUGAGAAAGAGAUGACGCGCCAGAAGGAACGUGAGCAGGAGAAGGAGUGGGAGCGCCAGCGGAGCAAACCAGAGGGCUGGCCAGCGCUGGGUGAGGUCCCUGUCUUCCGACCAGCUCAGAGGGAGUUCCAGGACCCCCUGGUGUACUUGGAUGCAGUGAGGGAACAGGCCGAGGUGUCUGGCAUGUGCCGUGUGGUGCCCCCACCAGACUGGCGGCCAGAGUGCAAGCUGAGCGAGGAGAUGCGCUUUGUUACACAGGUGCAGAGGGUCCACAUGCUGGGCCGGCGCUGGGGCCCCAAUGUGCAGCGUCUGGCUUGCAUCCGCAAGCACCUUAAAUCUCAGGGCAUUACCAUGGAUGAGCCACCUGUCAUUGGUGGCUGUGAAGUGGACCUGUCACGUUUUUUCCAGCUCAUCAAUGACAUGGGCGGCAUGCAGCAGGUGAUGGACCUGAAGAAGUGGACCAAGCUCGCCGACCUCCUGCGCAUCCCUAAAUCGGCACAGGACCGGCUGGCCAAGCUGCAGGAGGCCUACCUCCAGUACAUCCUCUCCUAUGACUCGCUCAGUGCUGAAGAGCGCCUCCGACUGCAGGCUGAGGUGCUGCAGGAGAAAAAGAACCUGGAGUCUCGCCGGGGCCCUCUGGAGGGUCUUUCGGAUUCCUCAGCACCUAGCGCACUCUCGCUGCCACGCUACGAGCCCAAAAAUGGGCUGGUGGGUGGAUUAGUGGGAGCGACGACAGGGCACCACCGCACCAAUGGAGUGUUUCACCGUCUGAAGGAGCUAGAGGCUCAGGUCAAAGCGGGCCGGCGCCGGCUCUUCGCUCAGGAAAAACAAGGCAAAGAGGAGAGGCAGCAUGGGGAGGAGCAGCAGGAGGAGGAGGACAGGGGCGUUCUCAGUGACCAGCACAAAUGUAUUUACAAGGGGAAAUCGGUGUCUUUGACCAACUUCUUCAGGAUAGCCCGGAACACCAUGACAAUGUGCUUUAACAAGGAGCCAGGAGCUGCUGAGGUUGAGCAAGAAUACUGGAGGAUCGUGGAGCAUAGGGACAGCCACGUGGCAGUGCAUUGUGGGAAGGUGGACACCAGUACACAUGGCAGUGGUUUCCCCACAGGAAAGUCAGAGCCAUUUUCAAAACAUGGAUGGAACCUCACUGUCCUCCCCAAUAACUCUGGAUCCAUACUGAGGCAUCUGGGUGCUGUGCCUGGGGUGACCAUUCCCUGGCUAAACAUUGGCAUGGUCUUUUCUACCUCAUGCUGGUCUCGAGACCAAAAUCGCCUUCCAUAUAUUGAUUACUUACACACUGGUGCUGAUUGCAUUUGGUAUUCUGUCCCUGCUGAGGAGAAGGCUAAGCUGGACAAGGUGGUCCAUACACUGCUUCAGGCCAAUGGCACCCCAGGACUAGAAAUGCUGGAGAAGAAUAUCAUGAUCUCUCCAGAGGUGCUCUGCCGUGAAGGCAUCAAGGUUUACCGUACGGUCCAGCGGAGUGGCCAGUUUGUGGUCUGCUUCCCCGGUGCCUUUGUCUCUAAAGUGUGCUGUGGCUACAGCGUGUCUGAGACGGUGCACUUUGCCACACCACACUGGAUGAACUUGGGUUACCAAGCCGCAAAGGACCUGAAAUGUCGUUGUAUAGCCAAACCCUUCUCCAUGGAGAAGCUACUGUAUCAGAUCGCCACAGCUGAGUCCAAGAGGGACAACGGCCUUCUCCUCACCACCAUCUCCGCCCUACUCAAAGACCUCAGGAACAUUGAGAUGCGACAACGUCAGGAACUUUACCAGGCAGGUUUGCUCUCCUCCGCCCGCUACGGCACACACGACGGCAGCCUGGCGCCCGGCGAAGGACGCAAGAAGCCCCGUGGCAAAUGGCUGGCACUGGAGUCCUCAGAGAGACGCUGCCAAAUCUGUCAGCAUCUUUGCUACUUGUCCAUGGUGGUUCAGGAGACUGACAACGUGGUCUUCUGUCUGGAGUGUGCCCUGCGCUACGUGGAGAAGCACAAGUCCUGCAGAGGCCUUAAGAUGAUGUAUCGAUACGACGAGGAGCAAAUCAACAGUUUGGUGAACCAGGUGUGUGGUCGGGCCAUGUUGAAGAACGGAGGUGGAGGCAGCGGUGGAGGAGUCAUCGUCAGUGGAGGAGAGGGGGACCCCUGCCUCGGCUUAAGCCCUGCCAAAGCAUCGCCGGCCAAGCGAGGGCCUCGAAAACGCGCCACUGUAGAGGUGUCCUUGGCUCGCCUGUCCUCCAGCCACAUACCUAAGGCAGCGGCUGUAUCGUGAGGGCGACGCCUCGACAUCACCCCUCUGUGUGCUGUGCCCACAUCCCUCCAUCUCUCCCAACCCUCAGUUUUUUUGUUUUUUUUUUAACAUUAAGCAGGAUCACUAUCAACAAUCCCUCCUCCUCCACCCCCCUAAUAUUCCAGGUUGUUUUUGAGCUUUGAAAGUCCCCAUCUCCAAAAAUACUCACUUCUCCUUUAGUAAUGACAGGCUUGUUUAUAAAAAGAAAAAAUGGAAAAAAGAAAAGCAAGAUGUCUUUUUUGCACUAGUGUGAAAGAAGAAUUUGUUUUUAUUCUGGAUGAUUUUAGAUCCUCCCACUCCCCACCGCUCCUCUCCUCUCCUGCCCCUCCUCCAAUCAACAUUACAAGCAUUAAGUGUGACGUUCACAGGAAGACUUGACGGGUCCUGUUUUACCCUUUACCUCCACCCUCCUUAACUGAAAUGGGUUACAUUUGUUACCUUUUUCUUGCAUCACUCGUUCCUGCCCUCCUCUCGCCCCUGAGACUGAACCCCGAUUCCUUCUCAUCACGCGUCACUCAACUGUGAACAUGGGACGAAUGAAAAGGCUGCCUCUUUUCCCCUCCUCCCCUGUUUUGUGAAAUGAAAAUGACAUCAAGUAGUUACCCAAAGCUUCUCUGUCCUUGGUUGGAGGAAGAAGAGUCCUUUUUUUAUGAUUUUAUGUGCUUUUGAUGCAGUUCCUGCAUUGUUUGUUUUAUUUUUUUAAGGAGGGUGGGUGAUGCAAGGUAAAAACUUGAAAGACGAUGUUGGUUUACUGUUGGUUGGCUAUGUUUUUUUCCCCCAAGUUCUAUUUUAAAUUUUAGCUUUGUUUUUGGUAGUUUUUAUUUUUUCAUCAUUGUGGAUGUUUCUGUUCAUUGGUGGAUGUGAGAGGGGCAGAGCUACAGCUGCUUGACCUGUGAAAGGUCACCGCUCACCUCACUUCCUGGUUGUGUGGAGGGAUCCCCUCUUCGCUAGCAAGUGAAAACGGUGCCUGAUACUUAGCGAGGAGAUCCUUUCUAUUGGUGCUGUUGGUUAUAAUUACUGUAUAACAACACAAAAAGUAAAAAAUCUGGGGGUUAGCGCCUGCUGUCGGCUAACUUCUAGCUCACGCGCCCCCCACCCCACAGGGCAGAAAGGCUUCCAGGCUUUUCUGGUUCUAGAUGUGCAAUCGUGUUAACAUUCCAUUCUUCCAGUCCUCUUGUUUCAUCUGUACCAGUAAACAUUAAUUAUUAUAUUAUAUUAUUAUUAUUAUUUUGUGUUUGUUUUUUUUUUUACUUUUGUUGAUCUGAUGUGUUAUCUCAAGUAGAGCCACUAGUCAAAGAGUGUAAAAUGUGAAAUAUCAAAUCCAAGGUUUUUUGUUUUCUUUCAUCGUCCUUUUUUUUUUUUGGCUUUUGCAUAUUUUCCCUUUUCCAGAUAUAUUAUGAGUGAUUUUUAGAGAGAGGAAAAAAAAAAGUCCAACACAAACAAACAUCAACUUUUUUGUACAUAAUCCUGUAAAUUUCUUUAAAUACUUGAGCCUUUUUCUGGGGUUAAGUAAGAAAGAAAGGAAGGAAGAAAUAGAGAAAAUGUUCAGAGGAGAGUGCUUGAUGAAGAAAAAGCCUUACAUUUCCCUUUCUUCAUCCAUGUGAGUUUGACGCUUACAGGGUUGCUCUGGUAAAUGUGUAUAAAAAUUUUAAGUGCUGCUUAUAUCACUAAGAAAGAAGAUAUUGAGUAGCCGACAACUGCCCCCAACCUAGUUUUGUUUGUUUAGCUUUACUUUUUUAAAGAAAAGGGAAAAAAGAUAUCUUCACAAAAAAAAAAAUGGGUUUUUACAUUUUCAUUACUGAAAAUUCAACAAAAAUGUAGUAGCUACUCAUGUUGCACUGAGCUUGCCAGUGGUGACUGUCAAGGAAAAAUCCUAUAAUCCAGUUUGUUGGUUGUUGUCCCUUGCAGAAGACUGAACUGUUUUAGGACUAUUUAAUGAAAUACCAAGUCGGGUGUUUUCAACAUAAAUAAAGUGGUUGUCAAGUUUUUAUGGCCUUACAAUAUAUUUUAUUCUGAUGGGAUUUUUUUGUUUGUUCUUCAGUUCUCUUUUUUUGUUUGUUUCUUCCAUUUUCUACAAUAUAAACUACUUGUUCACAGUGGGGUCUCUGGUGACUUAAUUUAUUAGUGCCGUAUCUCGGCCUUUCCCUCCAUUCGGAAAGAGAGUCUCAUGUUGGUUAUAUUGACAGUUUUUUACUUUUGCAGUUUGUACUUAAGGUUUAAUAAAAACUUACCGACAAUUCACUGUCAUUUCUUUCCAA